AAAUAAGUUAGAAUGAAGUGCAAAAUACCCGAAAUCUCUUGGCACAAUCGCGACCCCGUGCUGAGUGUAGAUAUACAAUCAAACGGCGUGGGCCUAAGUGCACCUACGAUGUGCCGCCUCGCCUCGGGCGGCACCGAUGCGCACGUUCUCAUUUGGUACGUAAAUCAAAGUGAAGCAGGCGAGGGCGUUGCACUGGAACUGGCUGCGGACUUGGCGAGGCAUCAGCGUGCAGUAAAUACAGUGCGCUGGUCACCCAAUGGAGAACUGCUCGCAUCUGGCGAUGACGAAAGUGUUGUCUUUAUAUGGAAACAAAAAGCGGAGCACGAAGUGGUCAACAUUGUGGAUGCUGAUGGCAACUGUGAACAAGAUCGAGAAGUGUGGCUGACGCUGAAAGUGUUGCGUGGCCAUCGGGAGGAUGUCUACGACUUGAGUUGGGCGCCCAAUUCGCAGUUUCUAGUCACAGGCUCUGUGGACAACACUGCCAUGUUAUGGGAUGUGCACAAGGGCAAGUCUCUGGCUAUAUUGGAUGAUCACAAGGGCUAUGUGCAAGGCGUCGCCUGGGAUCCGUGUAAUCAGUUCAUAGCUACCAUGAGCACGGAUAGGCAUUUGCGCGUAUUUGAUGCAAAUACGCGACGUGUACUGCACCGUGUCAGCAAAUCCACGCUGCCCGUCAAGGAAGGACAUGAGCUGCACGGCCGCAGUAUACGCCUAUAUCACGAUGGCACGCUGCAAACCUUCUUUCGGCGACUUUGCUUUACGCCUGACGGCAAACUGUUGCUCACACCCGCAGGCGUAACAGAUUACGAUGGCGUGAUGAAGCCCACGAAUACCACCUAUGGUUACAGUCGCUACGAUCUGAGUAAACCUGCCUUUGUGCUGCCCUUUCCCAAUGAAUACACCGUGGCGGUGCGAUGCUCACCCGUGCUGUACCGUCUGCGACCGUACGAUGCGGACAAGAAUCCGCCGAUUAUUACGCUCCCAUAUCGCAUGAUCUAUGCGGUGGCAACCAAGAACUCGGUGUUCUUUUACGAUACGCAACAGCCGGUGCCGUUUGCCAUUGUCUCCAACAUACAUUAUACGCGGUUAACCGAUCUGACCUGGUCCAAUGAUGGCAAUGUGUUAAUCGUCUCCAGCACCGAUGGAUUUUGCUCCCUGUUGACCUUUGCCGAAAACGAACUGGGCGAGCGCUAUGAAGAAAUGGAUGCAGUGCUGUGCGCUGUUGCCAAGACAUCGGAGAAUCAUCAUCAACCACGCAAUCGCAAGAUGAAGCGACAAAAAUUGCGAAAACCUUCGGCAGAUGAAUCCGCGAGGCGUCGACCGCUACAGGAGAAAACCAAGCCCAAUAAAAUUGAGACGAAACACAAGCUAGGUAAGGACAGAGCAAAUGAGUGCAAAGAAAAUGGAGAAACUGACUUGGAUGCGGAGAACGAUUCGUCGCUGCAGAGUAGCAGCUCGGCAACCUCCGCGGGCAGUCCCAAGCCUGUGCCCAAAGCAGACGUAAAGCCCACGCCCAUUGCCAUCAGACGUUCACCUCGCAAAAUGCCGGAGCCCACAACUAUUGCAAUACGCCGUUCGCCGCGCAAAAUCACAGAAGCCACGCCCACAGCUGCUGCUGUCACUGAGACAACGGCGAUUGCCGUCAAACGUAAGGCCAGUGAUGAUGGAGAACCCGUGCAGAGCAUGCCCAAGAAGCCAAUAGGGGUGCUGCAUAAGCCCAUCGAAGCUGUGCUUGAUAAGGAGAUCAUUAGCUCGGAUGAGAAGUUCGAGUCGCCGGAGAAAAAAUGUAGGCCAGCCACGCCCAUACAGGUGCGCAGACAGCCGCGCACGCCGGGCAGCAACAGCAGCAAUAACAAUACGCAAACGCCCAAAUCACUGCCCGCCAAACAUGCCACGCCCAUUGCUGUGCGACGCACACCGCGCGUGCUCAUCGAAGCGCCCGUCGUGAAUGCGCCCGUGGUCGUCGAGGAAGCCAUGGACGCCUGGCCGCUGGCCAUGGAUGGCAUAAGUCCGCUGCCAACCAAGGAGAAAUCACCCAGCAAAGAUACGGAGGCGAAAAAGGGCAAAGAGACGCAGCUGGCCAUCAGCGAGGCGACUUGUGAGCGCACCGAGGACAUACGCCUGGUCUACGAGGAUACCCAAGAGGAGGCGGCCACGCAUGUUAAGGCAGCAGAACCCGUCGCGCCCGUUGCAACGGCUACGACGUCGGUUGCCUCGCCGAAGCCUAGCACGCCGAAUGCGAAGACGCCACGACGCGUAUCCUUGCGCACCAUUUCGACGCCCAAGUCCAAAAAGAAACUUUUAGAGUAGAAUUGUUAAGCAUACGACAGAUUUAGCUUAGCC